CCAUGGUUGCACAGCCCUGUGCGAGUUUCAGUUGCCAGGGCAACGGGAUAGACAGAAGCUGGGUCCUAGAAGGCGACAGCGGCUAUGGAGACUGUAUCCAAUUCUGGGCAUGAUUUGCCCUUCCUGCCGGGCUAUUCCUUCAACGACCCCACGAAAACUACUUUUCCCCGAAGCCAGACAUUGGGAUACAGGAAUGGCUAUGCCUGCUCUGUACUUCCAGUGGGGGCCAGCAAAGAAUGUCUCCAUGUAAACCAGCUGUUCCAAGAAAUGAAAAAUAAGAAACCUACACCGACUUAUGAAGAAAGCAAGCAGGUUCCACCUUCUGAGUUUGUUCCUGCACAUGUGGCUUUUGACAAAAAGGUAUUGACAUUUGAUGCCUAUUUCCAAGAGGAUGUUCCUAUGUCUACCGAGGAGCAUUAUAGGAUCCGAAAGGUGAUCAUGUAUUAUUAUCUGGAGGAUGACAGUAUGUCAAUCACGGAGCCUAUUGUGGAAAAUUCUGGUAUUCCUCAGGGAAAAUUCAUCAAGCGCCAGCGACUGCCUAAGAAUGAGCGUGGGGACCAUUACCACUGGAAAGACCUGAAUCGGGGAAUCAACCUUGUAAUUUAUGGAAAGACAUUCCGUAUUGUUAACUGUGACCCUUUUACAGAGGUAUUUUUAGAGAGUCAAGGAAUUGAACUGAAUCCACCAGAGGAAAUGGCUUUGGACCCUUAUACUGAACUUAGAAAAAAUCCUCCCCGCAUGUUUGUCACCCCAUCAGACUUUGAUCAAUUUAAACAGUUUCUGACCUUUGAUAAAAAGGUUCUCCGAUUCUAUGCGAUUUGGGAUGACACAGAUCGCAUGUUUGGGGAGACUCGAAACUAUAUUAUUCUCUACUAUCUUGCUGAUGACACAGUAGAGGUCCGAGAGGUUCAUGAACGGAAUGAUGGCCGAGAUCCUUUCCCAGUCCUGGUGAAGCGCCAGCGCUUGCCCAAAAUCCUGGUGGAAAAUUCAAAAAGCUUCCCUCGAUGUGUCCUGGAAGUUUCUGAUCAGGACGUACAAGAAUGGUACACUGCCAAAGAUUUUGCUGUGGGGAAGCCUGUUACCAUGCUUGGACGGACUUUCUUCAUCUAUGAUUGCGACAAAUUCACUCGAGACUUUUGCCGAGACAAAUUUGGGCUUCCUGAAUUCCCAACCAUUGAUGUGAGCAAGAAACCCCCACCUGUCAUAAAACAGGAAUUACCUCCCUAUAAUGGUUUUGGACUCAUUGAAGAUUCUGCUCAGAAUUGCUUUGCCCUGAUUCCAAAGCCUCCCCGAAAAGAUAUUAUCAAGAUGUUGAUGGGUGAUAACAAGGUGCUUCGAUAUAGGGCUGUGCUGGAAUCCCCUAUUCCUGAAGAUAAAGGACGCCAUUUUAUCUUCUCUUAUUUCUUAGCCACAGAUAUGGUCAGUAUUUUUGAGCCACCAGUCAGAAAUUCUGGCUUCUUUGGUGGUAAAUUCCUCACAAAGACCAAAAUUGCUAAGCCAGGAUCCUCUUUAGACAAACCCUCUUUCUAUGGACCUGGUGAUUUUUAUAUUGGUGCUCUCAUUGAAGUUUUUGGCCAUAGAUUCAUCAUCCAAGAUGCAGAUGAAUAUGUUUUGAAAUAUCUGGAGAGCCAUGCAGACAAAUAUCCCCAGUCAACAAUCCUGUCACUCAAAAACCAUUUCUCAAAACCGAAAUCUAAGACAGAGGAAUCUGACAGUGCACCUACUCCAGAGAAUGUGGAGAUGGAAACUGUAAUAAAGCACAUCCAGGAACGGUUCAAGAAUUGCAUAUCUUUACUUGAAGGCCCCGUCUACGAAGCAUUUCAAGUUCUUGACAAGGAGAAUACAGGAUCUGUGGACAGAGAGAAGUUCUGUGGUGUCUGCAAAAAUUUUAACAUACCAGUUGGUGAUUUCCUUAUUAACGAGUUAAUCAGACUGUGUUCCAGUGACAAAGGCAAAAUCAACUACAACAACUUCAUCAAAGCUUUCUCCUAGUGACCUGAUCUAUGUGGAGAAAACUAAAUGAGAUGUUCUAUAUAUGAAAUUAAUUUUAAAUUUAUAUGUAACCUUACACAUAUAUCUACAUAUGAAAUUAGUUUGAAAUACACAUGUAUCCUGAACUACUGA